GGCACCGCAAGAGUGCGCUAGUAUACACCCGGUGUUUGUUAUUUCUCUUGCAGUCAAAAAAUAAAUAAAUAAAUAAAUAAAAUAAAAAAAACAAGACUGUCAAUUGAAGUUUUUCUUAUAUGUCGCUUCCUCUGCCCCAGGAUGGCCCAGCAAUUUCAUCCAUUGAAUCCUCUGGUGUACUGGUCCCAGACCGAAUCCCGGAUCUGCCUCAAAGUCGACCUCAGGGACUGUGAGGUGGAUGAAUUCUCGUGCAAAGACAGAAUGGUGAUAUUCAGGGCUAGUGGUCAGGGAGCAUCUGGCAUCACUCAACACUAUGCCUUCACCCUCAAUCUCUUUGGUGACACUCACGGGGAUUCUCACAGUAUUUCCGUGUCUCAAUCCAAAGUUGACAUUAUCCUCCGGAAGUCCCUGGACAAUUGGUGGCCACAGCUUCUGUCUCCGGACAGUGAAAAACCCCAUUUUCUGCGUGUUGACUUCGACAGAUGGCGCUCGCAGGACAAUGACAGUGAUAGCGAUGAUCAAAAGCGUCCAGGUGACGUCCUGACGGACUAUCCGGAUGUUUUGCAGAAACUUCAGACCCAGGAAUUGGGCUAUAGACGUGAACAGGGCAAAAAAGUCUAUUUAGUCCUAUACAAUCUUCUCCAAUUUGUCGGUUUCCUGUACAUUGUCACUGUACUGACCCUGAGAAUAGCCAGAGACGGACAUCCAGCUACCCACGAUGCUUUUGAGGCUGUUGGCAAGGUUUUCAAAUUUUGUCAAUUGAUGCAAUUCCUCGAAGUACUCCAUCCACUAUUUGGCUACACGACUGGCGGUAUCCUGGCACCAUUGAUGCAGACCACGGGCAGAGCUAUAGUACUCUUCCUGGCCAUUGACACAGAUGAACGGGUUCAGAAAUUGACAAUUGUCACGUAUUUAUUUAUCAUUUGGGCAACAAUUGAACUUGUCAGAUAUCCCCACUACCUAAUGCGCCUAAUGGGUGUCCAUGUGACACAAUUGGAAUGGCUGAGGUAUACACUAUGGAUCCCUCUCUACCCCCUUGGUGCCCUCUAUGAGACACUAGUUCUACUACGAGCAGCUGAAUUUAUGGAAGCAACAGAAAGAUUUACAGUUCGAAUGCCAAAUGCAUGGAAUGUGACUUUUGACAUGGCACUUGGCAUUCGAAUCUACGUCCUGGUGGCCAUCUUGCCGGGUGUCUCCUAUCUCAUGAGACUAAUGCAGAGGGCACGUCGGAAGCGUUUUGGUCCAAAAGCCAAGAAAAUGUAAGUAAAAUAGAGGACCACGGGGAUUUGGGAUCACAACAAAUGAGCAACAAAAGACCAAAAAAUUCAUCAAAAUAAUGGUGUAAGGAAAUUGAGUGAUGGGAUUAAAUUCGAAAGAAAAAAAAACUAAUGGUUGAAUUAAGU